AUGGCUCGCAGAAAGAAAUCACGAAAGCCCCCACCGAAGAGGAAAGUCAUCCAACCACUGGACAUUGUAUUUAACUGCCCAUUCUGUAAUCACGAAAAGUCUUGUGAUGUUAAAUUGGACCAUACCAGGAAAACUGGAUACAUCAGCUGUAACGUCUGCCUAGAGGAUUACCAGACUCCCAUAAAUGCACUCUCUGAACCUGUUGAUGUCUAUGGUGAUUGGAUUGAUGCUUGUGAAUCUGCCAACUCGUAG